AUGCUCACGCCAAAGGCUGCAAAAACAGCCACCCGAACCUUGGGAGUGAGAUGGGUGUCUGCUAACCACCUACGAACAAUUACAUGCUCUUCCGGAAAGAUUCAUUUACGAAAUGUUUCCUCCAAAGCAAAACUUGAAUCGAUGACGGCCACCACUCCGCUAGGCCCACGGGAAAUACCCAGUCCAGCUUUCAACUUAACUACCUCCGAGAAACCUGAAUUUCGAGCGCCUCAAUUUGAACAAACUCAGAAAUUAGACGAAUCCUUUAUCGGUAAAACUGGUGGAGAAAUUUUCCACGAGAUGAUGUUGCGGCAAGGCGUCAAACACAUCUUUGGUUAUCCAGGCGGGGCAAUUCUACCGGUAUUUGAUGCUAUAUACAACUCGAAACACUUCCGCUUUAUUCUCCCAAAGCAUGAACAAGGUGCUGGGCACAUGGCCGAAGGCUACGCUAGAGCAAGCGGGAAACCUGGUGUUGUACUCGUAACAUCUGGUCCUGGCGCGACAAACGUCAUCACGCCAAUGCAGGAUGCACUCUCUGACGGGACUCCUCUCGUAGUAUUUUGCGGUCAAGUUCCUACAACUGCCAUUGGAAGUGAUGCUUUCCAGGAAGCGGACGUCAUUGGAAUAUCGAGGGCAUGUUCUAAAUGGAAUGUAAUGGUGAAGGACGUCGCAGAGCUACCCAGGAGAAUAAAUGAAGCUUUCAUUGUCGCAACUUCGGGACGACCUGGACCAGUGUUAGUGGAUUUACCAAAAGACGUGACUGCCAGUAUUUUAAGAAAAGGUAUCCCAAUCAGCAGCACGAUUCCAACCCUACCAAGCCAAGCCUCAAAGCUUGCCCAAAUUCAAUUGCGCCGUAAUCUCGAGGCAACCAUCAGUCGAGUCGCUCAUUUAAUAAACAUUUCUAAAAAGCCUGUCAUUUGUGCUGGACAAGGAAUUAUCUAUCAUCCCGAUGGCCCUAAGCUCUUGAAAGAACUCUCAGAUAAAGCAUCUAUUCCAGUAACAACAACUUUACAUGGACUUGGGGGCUAUGAUGAGCUUGACGAAAAAUCUUUACACAUGCUCGGUAUGCAUGGCUCUGCGUAUGCUAACAUGGCUAUACAAGAAUCAGAUCUCUUGAUUUCCCUUGGAUCUCGGUUUGAUGAUCGAAUAACUGGAAAUCUCGCUAAAUUUGCACCAAAGGCUAAAGCCGCAGCAGCGGAAAAUCGUGGUGGUAUUGUUCAUUUUGAAAUUGUACCAAAAAAUAUCAACAAAGUUGUUCAGGCUACUGAAGCUGUUGAGGGAGAUGUUGUCGAAAAUCUAAGAAUUCUUAACCCCUAUGUUAAGCGUCGUAGUAUGACCGAUAGAAAAGAAUGGUUUGAUCAGAUAAAUGACUGGAAGAAAAAGUUUCCAUUAUCUAACUACGAGAGGGCAGAGAAAUCGGGCCUCAUCAAACCACAAACCCUUAUUGAGGAACUCUCUAACCUCACAGCUCAUCGGAAGGAAGAAACCAUAAUCACGACAGGCGUUGGUCAACACCAAAUGUGGACGGCGCAACACUUCAGGUGGCGCUAUCCUCGCACAAUGAUCACUUCUGGUGGUCUUGGAACUAUGGGUUAUGGGUUACCUGCUGCGAUUGGUGCAAAAGUUGCACGACCUGAAGCCUUGGUCAUUGAUAUUGAUGGCGAUGCUUCUUUCAAUAUGACGCUCACCGAAUUAUCAACAGCCAAUCAAUUCAACAUUGGCGUCAAAAUAAUUGUCUUGAAUAACGAAGAGCAAGGUAUGGUUGCACAGUGGCAAAAUAUUUUCUACGAAGAUCGUUAUUCUCACACUCAUGGUGAAAAUCCAAACUUUAUGAAGCUAGCCGACGCAAUGGGCAUUCAGGCUCGAAGGUGUACUCGGCCCGAUGAUGUGAUAGAUGCACUUAAAUGGUUAAUUGAAAGUGAUGGACCUGCAUUUUUAGAAGUGGUAACUGAUAAAAAGAUUCCUGUCUUACCGAUGGUGCCAGGAGGUAAUGGCCUACAUGAGUUUUUGGUGUACGAUGCCAGCCAUGAUAAAGAACGUCGUAAAAUAAUGGUAGAGAGGACUGAUGGCAAGCACGGUGCGCGUAAAGAAUCAAGCAUAUAG